AUGGCGCAAGAGAUGCGUGAUUGGUCGGAACUUCAACACGAUCUGCUAGUUCUCAUUGGUAGACGUUUCAAUUUGAUUGAAGACUACUUAAAUUUCGGCACCGUCUGUAAAUCCUGGCACUCUGCAGCCACCAAAAACAAUUUUAACAGUGAAUUGCCUAGAGUUCCAUGGCUGAUGUUACCAGAAGAGGAGGAGGAGGAUAAAAGCGACAGUUGCUGUCGAAAAUUCUUCAGCCUCUAUAAUGGUAUGAUUUUGAAGAAGAGGAUUCUUAAAGCUAGCGGAAAACGAUGUAUGGAGUGUAUGGGAUGGCUUAUCACAGUUGGUAAAGACGAGGGUGAAGCUAGUUUGCUACAUCCUUGUUCAGUUCGAAUUACCACAGAAGAUUUUUAUGAACACGAGACUGGCUAUCCAUUUACUUUUUUUCGCAAGGCAGUUUUAUCAGCUAGUCCUUCUUAUACAUCCGACUUUGUUCUUAUGGUCAUUGAGGGAGUAGAUUAUUCUGGCCGCGUCCUUUUUUGUGAUGUUGCUGGCCCUGAACCCACUAAAAGAAGUCAUAUCAUAGCGCAGUUACCAUUUGAUUGUCGAGACAGGCUAGGUCACCCAUACAUCGUAGAAUCACUAGGAUCAUUAUUUAUAGUUGUACGACAUGGUGUUCAAAUAUGCAAAGUCAAAGAUGAUUGUGACAGGAUGAGGAUUCCAUUGACUUACAUCGUAAGCGAAAAUCAGGAAGAGCUUCGGGAUGGGGAGGAAUUAAGAUAUGGAACAGAAAGUUUUCGAGUUUUCAAGGUUGAUUUAGCUGCUGCUGGCAAAGUAACAGAAACCAGGGAAUUAGGGGAGAGAGCUUUUUUUCUGGGUGCUAAUGCUUCUCUUUCUGUCCAAGCUUCUCAAUUUCCAGGAAUCAAGCCCAAUCAUGUUUAUUUUACUGACGAUUUUUUUGAAUCAUACGCCGCCUUUGUUGAAGGAGGAGGCUUGGACAUGGGGGUGUUCAACUUAGCAGAUGGCAGCAUCCAGAUGCAUUACGAGGGUGUUUCCCUCAGUCGUGUUUGUCCUCCAACUUGGGUCACACCAACUCUGUGUUAG